AGCAUCUUGUGCAACAUUAAUCCAAGUAGCGAUCAACUGCAGUGACGCCUGCCUGCCUCGCUGAUCUGCAGGCCUUCGCAUGCCUGUACAACAAGCUUGCGCUGAGCCUACCGCACUGCAGCCUCUGCCUCAAGUGCUCAGAAAUUACAAGCCUGGAACUUUUGACUACGUUUCAACGCCACCUGAAGGCAAAAAACCCACAUUGAAAGACUGGAUUCAAGUAUUUCGGGCAAGCAUUCCCCAAUUCAAGCUAAGGGCAUCAUUAGACACUACCUUUUCUUCUGAAGAGAGACAGGAGAAAGCGGAAAGCUUCGCACAGCAUUAUGAGGCAAUCCUUCAGCAGCUUGAACAGCAUUCUGGAGCAGACAUUCCAGGCUUCGGCCAUGUUGUCCCAUCAUGCAUCUCCCUCUGCACACUCAGGGAGGCAUGUCUCCGCCAGGAAGGCUUUGAAGAUGUCUUCAGAUCUGUGAAGGCUGAGGAGAAUGACAAGGCUCUGGCUCUCCUACCUGAAUUGUUGAGGGAACUAGAUUCAAUUACAGAUCAUUCCCAGAGGCUGGAGACAGUCUUGAGAGGAGUCUUUGCAGGCAACAUAUUCGACCUGGGUGCUGCAUCUUCGGCAGACCUUUUCAGUGCCAAUGGGGCAGCAUUUGACUCCACACGAGCCAAUCUUCUGGCACGUCCAUGGGCAGUGGAUGAUCUGGACACAAUUCUGGAUAUCUACAAACAGAAGCACUACUCCAAAGCGCUGCUAUUUGUGGACAAUGCUGGCUCUGACGUGAUCCUUGGGAUGCUGCCACUGGCGAGAGAGCUGCUGCAGAGGGGAACAGCCGUUGUGCUAGCGGCAAAUUCGCAGCCCUCCAUCAAUGACAUCACUGCGGACGAGCUGCAAGGGGUUGUGCAGCGCGCGGCACCGUCCGAUGCGAUUCUCGGACGGGCCCUCAAUGAGCAGAUGCUAACGGUGGUGCCUUCUGGCAAUGACCUUCCGGUGAUCGAUCUCAGAAAGGUGUCUGCAGAGGUCAUCAGUGAGGGGUCCGAUGCAGACCUCAUUGUCCUGGAAGGCAUGGGAAGGGGCAUCGAGACGAAUUUGCAUGCGCAAUUCACAGUCGACUCCCUCAAACUGGGCAUGAUCAAACACCAAGAGGUGGCUCAAAUGCUCAAUGGCCGGCUGUAUGACUGUGUCUGCAAGUAUACCGAAGGCAGGCCACAGAACUGAAAGAGGACAGCAGCUGCAACUCUAUCACUGCCCUACAAUGCAGCAAUUCUUUGCAUUGUUUCCGCAGAUUGCCUAUCAUAUCUAGGCUAUUUUGCUAUCUCUCAGCACCACUUCGAGCAUAGACUUCAGAGUGUCUGCUUAAGCUUAGGGGCGCAUGUCUCGUAUCAAGAAAAAGGUAUCUUUACAGAAGGUGCCACAAUGCAUUGCGAUUGGAAUCCAGGGGGACAUGCCUAGGCCUGUUUGAAUAAUUGAGAUGUAAAUCAGCCUCGCGGAGCAUGCCCUUACACACUAGUUCAAUCAACUGUGGUAAUGAUGCGCAUGCGCCGCUUUGCUGUACCAGUAAUACGAAAAGUAUCAAGCGCUGUAAUUCUUCCC